GCUUUGGCCAUGACAUUUAUUUUGUGUUGUCAUGCGCAGUGCUUUUGGGUUAUGAAGGCGAACACAGCGUGGGGACUCCAGCAGUCCUGACCAGUUGUAGCAGUGCAAUUGCGGACCCGGAACGGUUGCUCGGGGGGGCGCAACGGACGCUAUUCACCCGAACACCAAGCGCACAUGUUGUGUCCGCGCUUCUUUAUCUCCCCGUCAUAUAGAGAAACUGCUCAGUCUGCUCUCUGUGUUGUGUUUUACCCCUCCAUCCACCCAGACUUUUCUUUAACAACAUUGGUGGAGGCUGCUGUGUUCCGCUGGCAGAGUCUUAGAAAUCGCGAUAAGAAAACCAUAAGAUGGAGUUUCAGGCUGUGUUGAUGGCAGCUGCUGGGGGCUCCCGCAUGAUGGAUCUAACCUCCAGUAUCUCAAAACCCCUUCUACCAGUUGGAAACAAACCACUGAUAUGGUAUCCUCUAAACCUUUUGGAAAGACUUGGGUUUGAAGAAGUAAUUGUGGUUACAACAAAAGAGGUCCAAAAACAGCAACAAUUGGACACAAAGAUGAAAUUGGAUAUGGUGUAUCUUCCUGAGGACACUGACAUGGGAACUGCAGACUCCUUACGACAGAUACAUGGAAAAAUAAAGACAGAUAUGUUGGUGGUCAGUUGUGACCUCAUUACUGAUGCAGCUCUGCAUGAGGUGAUUGACCUGUUCCGUGCACAUGACGCCACAAUAUCAAUGCUGAUGUGCAAGAUGCAUGACUGUACUGAACCUGUGCCAGGCCAGAAAGGAAAAAAUAAAGCAGCAGAACAAAGGGACUUUGUCGGAGUUGAUGACACAUUCAAACGUCUGCUUUUCAUGGCUAAUGAAGCUGAUUUGGAAGACGAACUUGUCAUUAGGAAGUCCUUGAUGCAGAAAUAUCCUAGGAUGCACAUAAAAACAGCACUUGUGGAUGCCCAUCUGUAUUGCAUGAAAAAAUGGAUUCUGGAUUUCCUUGUGGAAAACAAAUCUUUCACGUCAAUCCGAGGCGAAUUGAUUCCAUAUCUAGUCCGAAAGCAGUUCACUUCGUCUAAUUCUGCUCAACUUUCUAAAGAUGAUGUAAAUGAAGAUCAGAAGAAAACCCCAAAACCUAUAGACAUAUUCAGUUAUGCAAAAGAGGAUGAUCUUCUGAAUUUAGCCAGAGAAAAAUCAGCUUGGAAUGAUCAUCAUGGAGAUAUGAGUGAUCCAUAUCAUGGAGCCAAACUUCGCUGUUAUGUACAUAUUAUGGAAGAAGGGAUGUGUUACCGUGUAAACACUCUACCUUCAUAUAUUGAAGCCAACCGACAGGCUCCUAAAUUCUUAUCUGCUUUAUCCCAAGAAGAAUCACUAAUCCACCCUUGGGCACAAGUUACUGAUACGUAUAUGGUUGGGGCUGACUGUAUGAUUGGCAGUUUGACUGAAGUAGCAGAGAAGUCUUCUAUCAAGCGGUCAAUCAUUGGGGUCUCAUGCACAAUCAAAGAAAAAGUUAAAAUUGCCAAUUCAGUGAUCAUGGAUAAUGUAACAAUUGAAGAGGGGUGCUGCAUACAAGGCAGUGUUAUUUGCAGUAGAGCAGUCAUUGAAAAAGGGGCUGACCUCAAGGAUUGUCUGUUGGGAAGCGGACAGCGUGUUGAUGCUAAGUCAAAACAUGUGAAUGCAGUAAUUGUGGGCAAUGAUCGCUUGAUGGAGAUAUGAUAAUAUUGCUGAUAUUCUGGAACCGCCGUACUUACUGUUCAUGUGGACAUCAGAUAUGGACUGUUGAGAGAGAAGUUAAACGCUAUAUAGGAAUGAGCAGUGGGUUUGAAUUGGCUCUGCUCCUUCGAGGGCUAAUUUUUAUUGUUCCAAAUACUAUUUUAUAUUUCUAGAAAAUCCCACUAUUGAAAUAACUCUAAAUGAUCAGAGUUUAAAAAAAUUGAAACUUCUCUAUACUUAUAUUUUUGAUAAGAUGGUUAGUAUGCAGGGGGUUCUCAUACUUGAGUUUUGAUUAUGUCCUGUUUUUGAUUUGUACUUUUCUGAUGAGUAUACAUUAUAUGAUGAUAUUGGUUUUGAAGAAACAUCAUGAGAAAUGAAGUCUGUAGUCAUAUUUAGUGUAAUUUGGUGGAGACUGAUGGGGCUGAGGUUUACAUCUAACUGAAGAAGGCAUUGGACAGAAGCAAACCAUAUACUCAUAAAAAGAAAAUCAACUUUUGAAUUACCUCAUCCAUCAGGUGCCAACUUCAGAAUGCUAUUCAGUAUUGAUAAGAAAGGAUCGGUAAUCUAACUUCCUCUCAAUCAGAAAAUGCUGCCAUGAGAACCAAAAAAAAAGUUGGAGCUGAGUUUCCUAAAAUCAUUAGGAAGCAAAGUAAGAGAGACUUUUUAGACUGCUAACCUGAAUGAAAUGUCCAAAUUUGGGGUCAUUUGAGCUUUAGACACCUCCACAAACUGUGCUGCACUCUACUGACCAGGGAGGGUUAUACUUAUAUGGCAGUGGCACAGGGACUCUUUCUCUUCCCAAGUUAUACCUCUCUACCACUGUAUGUUUUCCAAUUGCUUAACCCCACCCAAGAGUCAGUGGGCCUUGUCUAUUGAGUGAAAAUAAGCUUUGAACAUUAAAACAAUGCCACCAUAUGAACUUGGACAGACCAACACAGAGACUUAACUGUUAAGUCUGUCAGUUGUUUUAACAUUCAGGUGUGAAAGUGAGUGAUGCUUCAGUGAUGGAUCUUCUAUAUUUGGUGUAUAUUUAUUCAUGUUAUAAUUUGUUUAAUGUCACAGAGACAGCCAUAUGGAUUCAGAUGUAAUAUUUAUUUAAAUAGGCUAGUGUUGCAGUAAAUAGCUGCCUCUUAAAGAAGCCUACAAGAUCCCAACCUAUUGCUCAUUCCAAAAGCCGGCAAUGCAGGUCCUUCAACGAACCUAUCAGAUUCCUUCAACAUGUCUGUAUUUAACCCAAUAAAAGGGAGAUCUGUUAA